CUCCUCUCCUCUCCUCUCGUUGACUUCACGAAGCUCCUAGAAUGUUCUCAAAGGUUGCCCUGUUUGUCGUUGUGGCGGUGUUUGCAGCAGUUGCCAUGGCAUUCCCGGACGUCUACGAGCCUGUUUACCACCCCGAGCCUCUCCCGUACUACUUCAACUACGAUGUCCACGACGACUACAAGGGUGCGCACUACAGCCGAAACGAGAAAUCUGACGGGAAGGCUUUGUACGGGUCAUACACAGUCGCCCUCCCAGACGGUCGGAAGCAACACGUUGAUUACACUGCUGAUCACUACAAGGGUUUCGUAGCCAAGGUCAGCUACUCCGGCAAGGCUCAGCACCCUAAGGUCUAUGGGCCUGCAAUCACAUUCAAGCAGACCGGCGGAUAUCACUGAAGUUGUCCUACCUUUCGCCACAACUCCAGACUAUGUUAUGCCUAUUCUGCAGCCAUACAUUUUUUCACGAACUCGUGUUUUCAUCAAUAAAU